CAAUACCUAUCCACCUAAUACAGCUUCAUCACCUGCCCUGUCGAAUGGUCCCGCCUUGUUACUGCCAUCAUGUCUGUCGCUGUAUCCGCCAGAGGGGAGCAAUCCACCCAGCCCUUCCAGUGCCUUAUCUGUCGGAGCCGAUUCACCCGGCACGAGAACCUCAAACGUCACACUGCUCUCCAUACGCGAUCGUCGGACAAGGCCUCCUAUUCCUGCGGGCUGUGCUCUGCCACUUUCUCCCGUAGAGACCUAUGCACCCGUCACAUGAGGAGGAAACACCCUGAACAUGAUGAGGCGCCGACUCUAGAGAGAUCUCGCCCCCAACCGGCCGCGAUCCCAGGACGAUCCAGGAGGAAGAGGUCUCAGGACGUUGCAUCGAUUCUCGGCUCUUCCGCAGAGAGCCGCAGCACGUUGUGUUCAGGUCAAUGGCGCAGUGAGAUGCAUCUAGACAUGAGUGGCUCGAGUUGGCCUCCAGAGCUCUCGGGGGCGGCAGAAGAUACCUACCGGCCCAACUAUUCGCUCGACAGUCCGAAUUCAUCCACCGGUACCACCGGCGAACAUACGAACACCGAUGAGGGCGAUAUGACUUUUGAGGUUGGCCAUGUUCAGCCGUCUUUAUCAUCAUCAUCAUCAUCAUCAGCGAUUACGUCAGCACAUCUCCCUUCGUUCACGAGAUGUUUCACCGAUAUGGGAUUGAGUACAUCGCCCGUGAUGCCUGCUCUAGAUUUCAGCCUUCUUGAGCUCGACUUACCCGCAGCAGCGGCGGUGGAGGCCUGGAAGACUCCCUUGUCACCACGGGAUCUACAAUUCCUCCAGGACGAGUGGUCUCCAUCGGCGUCGCAGAUCGAGCAUGGACUUCGUCUCUACUUCAACUAUGUAUCACCCUUUUUCCCCUUUCUUCACCACCCAACAUUUGACACGACCGGAAGACCACGCUAUUUAAUCCUGAGCAUGCUCAGUCUUGGCUAUCAGCAUGGUGGAGACCCUGACUGCGGCGAAGGGUCGUGUUCUGGUCCGAGUGUGUCUUUACAUUGUUUUCACCAAGCCCGAGUUCAACUGGCCAGCAUGGAAGGAAAAAACGACGACUCGAACGACGGCAUGGCGAUGGUGCAGGCCUACCUCCUGCUCGAGAUUUGCGCCAUGAUGUAUCUCUGCGGAGAGAACUCGACGUACGGCCUGAAAAUGCAUCCUCGGAUGAUCUCUCUAACGCGGUCUAGCGGUCUGACACAACCGACACGACCGAGUUCCCAACCAGCCAAGGACCUUCAGGAGAUGUGGGAAGACUUCAUCCGGAGUGAAUCACAAAAGCGAACAGUCUUGGCUGCGCACCAGAUUGAUGCGCUCUGGUAUCAGCUCUUGUCUAUCCCUCGGUCACUGUCACAUCUCGAGAUCAAACUCGAGCUGCCUUGCCCAUCAGACUGCUGGGCUGCCAGCUCCGCCGAGAGCUGGGCAUAUUGCCAGCUAAUGACGCGGUGUCCCUCAACUUCGGUGCAGUACUCUGAUGCCGUCCGCCACUUUCUCUCACCUGCACCAGAUGCCGAUCCACUACCUCCAUUCGAUCCUUACGGCGCCAUAAACAUCGCACAGUUUCUCCUCUCCAGCGCACGGGAGGUCUCGGGUUGGUCUGCAAUGACGGGGAGGCUCAGCUUGGAGAGGCUGGAGCCCCUGCGGUCAUCACUAGUGGCGCUGGCUCCGUCCAUCCGCCCGCAGGUCGAGUCCGCGGACUCGCCACUGGCAGCGUUGCAGGAGGCGACAUGGGAGAUCGCCAUGAUCGAGUUGCAGAUCUGGUCGCCCUCGCACACCUGCGGCAUCAUCGAGGGCAGCGUGGAUGCGGCGCUGAGGGAGUCUACCAGACUGGCGGCCACAGGCGAAAUCUCGUUUGGGACGAAGACGGCCGAGGCCGCCCAACCUCACCUCGACUGGUUCCUGCGCUACCUUGACAUAACGACCACUCCCGAUGCUGAGCCGCCGUGGACCGCCCUGUACGCAUACAAAGCGUUCCUCAUUGCAUGGCAACUCCUGCGGAAGCAGGCACCAAACGCAAUGCAGACUGUCGGUGUAGAGGACGGCGAUGCUGAAGCGGCUAUAUCCUGGGCAAGAAACGUGUUUCAACGUAGGAGCGGACGGAGCAUAGGCAAGAUUAUCAUGACAUGUUUAGACAUAUUGGUGGCAGGUAAUACGGAUCAUGCCUAAGGGGUCUCAUCACGAGCCUCGGUCUGCAGGAAACACUACUCAUUGGACUGAUAGCUAAUCUAUUCUGUAUUGUGCUGU